CUUUUCGUCGUUUUAUUUUUUACAAGUAAGAAAAAAAAAAUCCCAAAAGCGACACUGAACGAACUCUAGAGGAAUUCGAAAACCCUAAUCGAUUAGAGAAAUCGAAGGAGCUAUGUCAGAUCCUUACGAGAGCGUGAAAGGUGGAAGACUAGCGUUCAAAGGAGGUGAUCUAGCCACGAGGAAAUCGAUCGAGAAGAAGAAGAAGAAGAAGAAGCAGAAGAAGAACAAGGAGAAGCUCGACGACGGUGCUGAGGGAGAACUGAAGAUGGCUCCCGACGCUGCUGGAGAAGAUAUUUACUCUAUCGAUGCCGCGAAGAAGAAGAAAUACGAUGACCUUUUUCCUGUGGAGGCGAAAAAGUUCGGUUACAUUCCGAAAUCAAACUUCGAAUCCACGGCAGAUGCUCUUGACGACCGCGUCAAGAAGAAAGCUGAUCGUUACUGUAAAUAGAAUGUUUAUGUUUUGUUUUUUCUUCAGAUGCAUUGAUGUUUGUAUGAGGAUCUUAUGACUUUCUAAAAUUAUGUUUCAGUUCUUAUAAAUUACAGUAUAAUUAAGCUCCUGUA